CCAGGGACUCGAAACCAACCGGUCCGGAUCCCGACGCGAUCUUCUUUUUGACCGGGCGGAGGACCGGACCCAGUCCACGUCGGCCCACUCGCUGUACUCCCCUGGCAUGCCGCGCACGAUGGUCCGCCACACGGCCCAGUCGCGAUCGUCGAGCCACCGCCCGGAGCCGUCCACGGCCGAGCCGCCCCACCCGCGCGGAUCCAGCGGCCACGACCCGGCAGGCCGCGCCACAAGCCAGUGGCUCAUGCGCAUCAGCGCGUCCAGCCGGCCCGGCUCCAGGCACUCCAUGCCGACGAACCCGCCGAAGCUCCCCGGCGUCGCCCCGCCCGAGGCCAGCCUGUCGCCGAUCGCGGACGCCACGGGCGCGUCGACGAAGGAGCACCACAGGCCCGGCAGCACCGGGUGGCCCGUGAGGCGCCGGAACGCGCCCGGCCGCCCCGAGGGCGGCGCCGGGGCCACCAGGGGCACCGAGUGCAGCACGUGCAGCGGCGUCGGGUGCCUGCCGCCCCACCUGAGCGGCAUUGAGUGCAGCUGCGGGGGCAGCCCCAGCCGCGGGUCGGCGGCGGCGAGGGGCGGCAGGUGCACGUGGAGCCGCCAGGAGGGCCGCAGCCUCCUCUGCUCGGGGGCCUGCCUGUCCCAAGGGACGCCCGAGGCCACGCCUGCGUCCACGUUCACGACCAGGAACAGGGUGUCCAGCGCGGAGUGGCGGAGGACGAUGCCGACGCAGCCGCCCAGGCCCUCCUCGGUGGUCGACGGGUGCGCGACGAGCAGGUCGCCCGCCCUGACGUCGUCAGCGACCAAGACCGGCUCGUAGGCGGCCGCGGAAACGCUCGGCGCCCACGGUCCGCAGCGGGGCAGCGGCGCCCAGCCCGCCAAGUUGCUCACCGCCAAGGUCGCCGACGCGACGGCGGCGUCGUCCACCCCUGCGGCAGUGGUGACCCGCAGGUGCCGGCGCACGCGGCUCCGGAAGCCGCCCGCGGGGCCCGCGGGCCGGUAGGCCACGGAGUUCUGGAGCACGCCGUCGUCGAAGCCACCCGUGGUGCCGACCAGCGCCCGCAGCACCUUCGGCGGCAGCAGCGCCAGGGCGGCCCGGUGGCCGGGCAGGUCCAGGGGGCGGAGCUCCCGCAGCAGCGAGCGGAAGACGGCGAGGCGGGAGGCGCCGCUCAUCGCUCAAGGGGCCAAGUCAGUUGAAGGGGCCCUGGGACACACAAAUAAAUACAGGGGUCCCAAAUCAAGGGAUGGUGGAGGGGAGCGAGCUGGAGAGGCGGCGGUGCUGCCAGGCCGCUGAGCGCACCGGGGUCACCUUGAGCCGGGAUGGCAGCAUUGAGCCAAAAUAACUGCGAAGCGGAUCCCGACGCAUCGGGCUCCCCCAAAUGGGCUUGGGGUCCAGAAAAACUGACUCGGGGCCUGCUUGAAGCUGGAUGCUGCCACCAGCUCUCCCGCGUCUGCUGCGCCCCCAC